CUCUCCCUCUCUCUCACAAUCUCCUCUCUUUCUCAUCAACUUCUCCUAUAACUUUUUCUUCAAUUCUUUCAUUUCAAAGUCUUGAUUGUUGGUCACAAAACAUUGUUAUUAGUAUGGGUUAUUGCAAGUUUUCUAAGUUCAACUUCUCCUUCAUGAUCAUGCUCUUUUGUGUCACAUCUGCACAAAAAGAUGAUUACAAUUCUCAUCAGGAUAGAACUUCUCUUAUUGGGUUUAAGGCUUGGGUUGUUUCUGAUCCUUUGGGUGCAUUAGAGAGCUGGAAUAAUAAUGGUUUGCAUGUGUGUAAUUGGACAGGAGUGAAGUGUGACAAGAAAAUGAGCAGAGUGGUUGAGCUUGAUCUCAGCCAUCGUUCGCUUAGAGGCGAAAUUUCGCCCCAACUUUCUAAUCUUUCAUGCUUGGAAGUUCUUGAUUUGUCUUGGAAUUUCUUUGCAGGGAAAAUUCCACCUGAGCUAGGCUCUCUGGUUCAGCUCAUGCAGCUUAGUUUGUCUACCAAUCUCCUCGGUGGGCGAAUUCCCGGGGAGUUGGGAGGGCUUCGGGAAUUGGUUUAUCUCGAUUUGGGAAGUAAUGAUCUUAGUGGGGAAAUCCCAGUGCCACUUUUCUGUAAUGGCUCUUUAUCCCUGCAAUAUAUGGACCUAUCAAACAAUUCCCUUAGUGGGGAAAUUCCUAUGUCCUCUCAUUGUGAGCUUAGGGAGCUGAAGUUUCUUCUUCUUUGGUCUAAUCGCCUUGUGGGGGAAGUCCCGAAAGCUCUUGGAAACUCGUCGAGAUUGGAAUGGAUCGAUAUGGAAUCGAAUUCGUUGCGUGGGGAGCUUCCAUCAGAGAUGGUAAGCAAACUCCCAAGGCUGCAGUUUCUUUAUCUGUCCUAUAACCAUUUCUGUAGCCAUGAUGGGAACACAAAUCUCUGGCCUUUCUUUGCUUCUCUGAGGAAUUCUUCCAAUUUGGAAGAGCUUGAGUUGGGUGGGAACCAUCUAGGUGGAGAGAUUCCUUCUAUUAUUGGCCAUUUCUCCACAAACCUUGUACAGAUUCAUCUUGAGGAUAACCUUAUCCAUGGCCCUAUCCCUCAGGGCAUUUCUAAUCUUGUAAAUCUUACCCUUUUGAACCUUUCUGCUAAUCUCUUGAAUGGCUCGAUUCCGGUUGAGAUUUGCCAGAUAGGGAGGCUAGAGAGGCUGUAUUUAUCAAACAAUCAUCUUUCUGGUCCAAUCCCUUCUGCUUUUGGCAAUGCUCCCCAUUUAGGCCUUCUUGAUCUCUCCAAAAACAGGCUCACUGGUGCCAUUCCUGACACCUUUGCUAACCUUCCACAGCUCAGGAGGCUUCUGCUUCAAGGGAACCGCCUCUCGGGCCAAAUCCCGCCUAGUUUAGGACAAUGUAUAAACCUCGAAAUUCUUGACCUGUCUCGGAACAGGCUUUCCGGGACAAUUCCAACCCAAGUUGCAGGGCUGAGGAGCCUAAAGUUGUACUUGAACCUGUCUGGGAAUCACUUGCACGGGCCUAUCCCCCGUGAGCUGAGCAAGAUGGACAUGGUCUUAGCCGUUGAUUUGUCGUCCAACAACCUCACGGGCACAAUCCCUUCGCAGCUCGGGAGCUGCAUUGCCCUCGAAAGCCUCAAUCUGUCACAUAACUUCUUUGAGGGCUCCCUCCCAGCUUCAGUAGGGCAGCUUGCUUACCUUAAGGAACUUGAUGUGUCUUUCAACCAAUUAAGUGGGGAGAUACCCCAAGCUUUCCAGUCAUCAUCAAGCCUAAAGAAACUCAAUUUUUCGUACAAUCGUUUCUCCGGGAAUGUCACAGAAAAGGGCGCAUUCUCAACGCUAUCCUUUGCUUCUUUCUUGGGAAAUGAUCAUCUGUGUGGCUCAAUCAAUGGGAUGAAGAAUUGUAAAGGGAGUAAAAGAGGGCAUCAUUUUCUAAUCACAAUCCUACUUUCACUAUUGGUCACCCCUAUAUUCUGCAUAGUUGGGUGCCCUCUAGUGCACAGGUCAAGAUUCAAGAAGCAGUGGGCAGUUGUAGUGAACAAUAACAAAGUUGCAGAGUUUACAGAAGAAGGGAAAACAGAUCCAAAGUACCCAAGAAUUUCGCGGGGGCAAUUGAUUCAAGCCACUUCUGGUUUUAGCAGUUCGAGCCUAAUAGGGUCGGGGCGAUUUGGGCAGGUAUACAAGGGAGUUCUCAAGGACAACACAAGAAUAGCUGUUAAAGUCCUGGACACUAAAACUCCUGGAAAAAACAUUUCAGGGAGUUUCAGAAGGGAAUGCCAAGUUCUGAGAAGGACCAGGCACAGAAACCUGAUUAGGAUCAUAACGGCUUGUAGCAGACCGGAUUUCAAAGCCCUGGUUUUCCCAUUGAUGCAAAACGGGAGCCUCGAAAACCACCUCUACCCAUCCCAUGGCCUAAACAGCCGUCACCUAGACCUGGUCCAGCUCGUUAACAUCUGCAGCGAUAUCGCAGAAGGGAUGGCCUAUCUGCACCAUCACUCCCCGGUUAAAGUUGUGCACUGCGAUCUCAAGCCCAGUAACAUUCUUCUCGACGAUUACAUGACCGCUUUAGUCACUGAUUUUGGCAUUUCAAGAUUGGUUAAAGCUGCUGAUGAUGACAUUGAUAACACAGCUUCCUAUUCCACCUCUACAGAUGGCCUACUUUGUGGAUCAGUUGGUUAUAUUGCUCCUGAGUAUGGAAUGGGAAAGAGGGCAUCUACUGAAGGAGAUGUAUAUAGUUAUGGGGUACUUGUGUUAGAGAUCGUGACAGGAAAACGCCCGACUGAUCACCUAUUCGAAGAGGGAAAAACUUUGCACGAAUGGGUUAAGAGCCAUUACCCACACAGGCUUGAGCCAAUUGUGGAAGAAGCAUUAGUAAGGUGCAAACCGCGGGCCUCAGUUUCAUACAAUUCCAAUAUUUGGCGCGAUACUAUCUUGGAACUCAUAGAAGUCGGGCUCGUCUGCACACAGUACAGCCCGGGAACUAGGCCGAGUAUGGUGGAUGUGGCGCUGGAGAUUGGCCGGUUGAAGGAAUAUCUUGCUAGCCCUUCAAUUCUACAUUGUGAAGAAGAUCUUCAUGGCUUCUGAUCUCAAGUUUGCCACUUUUCUGUCUU